CUGACGUCAUCUUUGCGCGCCCUCUUCUCAGCUUCCCCGGGCGGCUCUGGAAGCUUCUGAUUUCGGUCGGCUCGACGUUUGAUAAUCCUUCUCCAUCUUAAGGCAAGACUCGACAUCCAGUCCCGGGGACUCAUCGGUCCUGUUGUGAGCGUCCUCUUCGACAUUUUCCAUCGAGUAUAACAUCGCGAUGCCCGAAGCGAUGGCUAUGCCGAAGGCUUCCAGUGGAGGCUUCUACAAAGGAGGGGCGUACGUGGACCGCGACAAGCCGGCUCAGAUCCGCUACAGCAACAUCUCUGCUGCUAAAGCUGUGGCCGACGCCAUCAGAACCAGCCUUGGGCCCAAAGGAAUGGACAAGAUGAUCCAGGAUGAGAAAGGCGACGUGACCAUCACCAACGACGGGGCCACCAUCUUGAAGCAGAUGCAGGUCCUGCACCCAGCUGCCAAAAUGCUGGUGGAACUGUCCAAAGCGCAAGACAUCGAGGCGGGCGACGGCACAACGUCGGUGGUGGUCAUCGCUGGCGCUCUCCUCGACUCCUGCUCCAAACUGCUCCAAAAAGGCAUCCACCCCACCACCAUCUCGGAGUCGUUCCAGAAGGCGGUGGACAAAGGCGUGGAGGUGCUGACGGCCAUGAGCAGGCCGGUGGAGCUGAGCGACCGCGAGACGCUGCUCAACAGCGCCACCACGUCGCUUUGCUCCAAGGUGGUGUCGCAGUACUCCAGCCUGCUGGCGCCCAUGAGCGUGGACGCCGUCAUGCGUGUCAUCGACCCUGCCACCGCCACCGGCGUCGACCUGCAGGACAUCAAAAUCACCAAGAAGCUCGGCGGCACCAUUGACGACUGCGAGCUGGUGGACGGGCUGGUUCUGACCCAGAAGGUGGCGAGCGCCGGCGUCAGUCGAGUGGAGAAGGCCAAGAUCGGCCUGAUCCAGUUCUGCUUAUCUCCGCCCAAAACGGACAUGGACAACCAGAUCGUGGUGUCGGACUACGCUCAGAUGGACCGCGUGCUGCGCGAGGAGCGCGCGUACAUCCUCAACAUGGUCAAGCAGAUCAAGAAGGCCGGCUGCAACGUGCUACUCAUCCAGAAGUCCAUCCUCAGGGAUGCCCUGAGCGACCUGGCGCUGCACUUCCUCAACAAGAUGAAGAUCAUGGUGGUGAAGGAGAUCGAGAGGGAGGAAAUCGAGUUCAUCUGCAAGACCCUCGGCACCAAGCCCAUCGCCCACAUUGACCACUUUGCUCCCGAGAUGCUGGGCGCCGCCGAGAUGGUGGAGGAGGUCAACCUGGACGGCUCGGGCAAGCUCAUCAAGAUCACGGGCUGCGCCAACCCCGGCAAGACGGUGAGCAUCGUGGUGAGGGGCUCCAACAAGCUGUUGAUCGAGGAGGCCGAGAGGUCCAUCCACGAUGCCCUCUGCGUCAUCCGAUGCCUGGUCAAAAAGAGGGCUCUGAUUGCCGGCGGCGGCGCCCCCGAGAUCGAGCUGGCGGUGCGGCUGGCCGAGUACUCGCGCACGCUGGCCGGCAUGGAGGCGUACUGCGUGCGGGCGUACGCCGACGCCCUGGAGGUGAUCCCGUCCACGCUGGCCGAGAACGCCGGACUCAACCCCAUCUGCACCGUCACCGAAUUGCGCAACAGGCACGCGCAGGGAGACAAGAUGGCCGGCAUCAACGUGCGCAAGGGCGGGAUCUCCAACAUCCUGGAGGAGCUGGUGGUGCAGCCGCUACUGGUGUCCAUCAGCGCCCUCACCUUGGCCACCGAGACGGUGCGCAGCAUCCUCAAGAUCGACGACGUGGUCAACACCCGAUAAUUACGGCGAGGCGCCAACCAUCCACCCAACUUUCCCGGGCUCUUGAUAUGUUGCCUAAGUUAAUAAAAUUCUUUGUUUGUGGAACUACACAA